UUGGUUGAAAAUUUUUAGGCUUAACUUGAUACUACUCCACAAAUUUGGGGCAGGAUGGAUAUCCCUAAUUUUACAUGCCAUUAUUCCUUUAAUUUAUUUACCUAAUUACUUACGACGGGUACGGCCGCACAGUGUCAAAGUCAAACAGAAAAGAAUCCCCAAUCGGCAGCAACAUACGACAUAGGAGAAAGAAAGCUACAGACAUUGAGCACAAAAAUACGAUCUCGAUUCUACACAAAGUCAAAAUCCCUAUAUCUCAAAUGGUGGAUACGAAGGUGGAGACUAUAGCACGACACGCGCAGUGGAAAAUCGAGAGCUUCGGGCCUACCGUUCCGUACAGAAGAUCCGACCCCUUUAAGAUCGGUAUUUGGAACUGGCAUUUAUCAGUGGAGAAGAGCCGGGCAAUCUACGUCCGGCUCUUCCCCGAACCGUCCCGGGUUGCCAAGGACCAGCCGCCGCUUGCCCGGUUCGUCGUCCGCGUCACCAACGCCGGCCGUAGAACUUAUAUCUCUCCCAUUCAUGAGAAAGUACUGCGCACAAGUGAUGAUUUUAUAUGCCUCAUUGAUAUGAACAUCCAAGGUCGCUUUGUCAUUGAUCUCGAGUUUUUGGACCUUAAGAUCAGCCCGCUGAAUGGUGGAGACGGCAGUUCCAUAUGGCCUAGUGAAGACACGACGCGGAACCUGGCAACCCAGAGCACUCUCAAAUCCCUCUCCCGCAUGCUCGACGAAUCCCUCCUCACUGACAUCACCAUCAACACGGCAGACGGGAAGCUACACGCUCACAGAGCGAUACUCUCCGCGAGCUCCCCUGUCUUCCACAGCAUGUUCCUGCACGACCUCAAGGAGAAGGAGUCAUCAACAAUUGACAUUGAAGAUAUGUCCUCUGAGUCGUGCACCGCCCUCCUCAGCUACAUAUACGGAACUAUAAACCAGGAUGACUUCUGGAAGCAUCGCCUGGCGCUGCUGGGUGCGGCCAACAAGUAUGACAUCGUGGACCUGAAGGACUCAUGCGAGGAGAGCCUCCUCGAGGACAUCAACAUGGGGAACGUCCUCGAGAGGCUGCAGGAGGCGUGGCUCUACCAGCUCGACAAAUUGAAGAAGGGGUGCCUCACGUAUUUACUCGAUUUUGGGAAGAUCUACGACGUUAGGGAAGAGAUGAAUGAUUUCUUCAGGAAGGCUGAUAGGGAGCUUGUGGUGGAGAUGUUCCAAGAGCUGCUUGCAGUUUGGAAACCAGCUUAAGCAGCAGGGCUUCUUAUCACGGAGUUAUUACAUCUAUUAGAUUUGUUAUUACAUCAUUUUGCAAAAUCUUAGUUUGUGCAUCUAUAAAUAAUCGUUGUGCCAUGUAAGAAAAUAAAAUUCUUAUUCUGUGUAGCUUAGGCCAAUUAUUAUAUUGGCUUAGGUUGUAGCAGCUUGUAUCAUAAAUAGAGGAUGCUCGUGCGCUUGAAUUUCUAGAAUUGUAUCUUUUUCUUAAAUAAUUUCUUGAGUCAGUUAUAUUGAUUA